AUGAACUCAGAGGGAGCGGUUCUUCAGGACUCUCAGGGCCGACCCCGGACUGUGCUGCUGGGAGAGGACGGACAUACACUGUUCGAGGGCGAGUCAGGAGGAGAACUGAGAGACUCCGGGGACUCCGGAUCAGAGGAAGAAUUGUCCACUGGCUCCAAUGUUGCAUCAGGUUCUGGAUCGAGGCUCAAGCUCCAUCUCACAACGUUCCACUGCAACUUGAACUUCUUCAUCUGGAAUAGACUGAGGUUGCUGGCCAGGCGGAACCACAGGCAAUUCGGUGGAAAGCCUCUGGACGAGAGCAGUAAUGUUGUCAUCAUCAGCGGAACUGAAUACAAGCUGUCGCUCACAGAUGGCGUGGACUGUGUGCUGGUCGAUGGAGACUGA